AUGGCUGACAACAUCAACAACGAAAAGACCCACAAUUUCGCGGCCAUGGACGACCAGAAGGCUCAGGACGACUGUAUCAAGGCCCAGUCCAGCGUCAACGGCGACUGUGAGGCCGUUGACGACAUGAAGAUCGCCGAGACCGCCAACCUCGACGAGGCUCAGAUGUUCCUCCACGAGCAUGGCAUCCCCAAUGCGAGCCUCGAAGCGCUUAUGAGCGACGAGGCCGCCUUGAAGAGGCUCCGCCGCAAGAUCGACUGGCAACUGAUGCCCCUUCUUUGCGGGACCUACCUCCUCCAGUAUAUCGAUAAGCAGGCCCUCAGCUACUCCGCCGUCUUCGAUCUCUUCACUUCCACCGGCAUGACCAGCGACGAAUACAGCUGGAUGGCGUCCAUCUUCUACUUUGCCUACCUGGCGGCUGAGUGGCCCGCGUCGUACAUUGCCCAGCACUACCCAACCGGCAAGAUUGUGGCGGCAUUCGUCCUCAGCUGGGGCACGAUUCUCCUCUGCACAGCCGCGGCGCAGAAUUUCACCGGGCUUGCCAUCUGCCGAUUCCUCCUCGGCGUCUUCGAAUUGGUCAUUACUCCCGCCUUUAUGCUCAUCGUUUCGCAAUGGUUCGACUGCGGGAAGCAGCCUUCCUGUGCCGGACUCUUCUACUGCUUCAACGGCAUUGGCAGUAUGACUGGCGGCGUGCUCUUUUACGGAGCCAAGGGAUGGGACGUCUGGCGCAUCAUCUACGUUCUCUGCGGCGGUCUGACUGUUGUCUGGGGCAUUGUUCUCUACCUCUUCAUGCCUGACAAUAUUCUGACUGCCAAGCGCUUUACCAUUGAGGAGCGUGCCAUGCUCAUUGCCCAGAAUGCGCGCGCCCGUGGCGGUGUCUUCAACAGCAAGGUCAGAAUGAAGCAGGUCAAGGAAGUGUUCCGUGACGGCCAAGUUUGGCUUCUCUUCUGGUUUGUGUUGUUCAACGAGAUCAUCAACGGCGGCAUUGCAAACUUUGUCAAGCUCAUCGUCAAAGGAUUCACCCAUGAUGCCCUCCUCACGACUGCAUAUGGCAUCCCGUAUGGUGCAUUCACAGCUAUCUACAUGUUCACUGGCCCAUGCAUGGCAUCUCGCUUGAAGAACGCCCGGACAUAUGUCAUGGUCAUCUGGCUGCUGCCGACGCUGAUCGCUGUUGUGCUGUUUUGGCAACUUCCUCGCUCCAUGAAGGGUGGUCUUCUGGCAGGCUACUACAUGGCAUGUCACACUCUGUCAUUCUUGACUGGGAAUGAUUCAACAUGCUCUUCUUUCACUGGUGCCCUCAUCGUCGCUCUCCAAAUGCCCGCCUCCAACGUCGGUGGCUACACCAAGAGGACCACGGCCACCGCCUUUGUUUUCCUCGCCUACUGCAUUGGCAACAUCAUUGGACCCCACGGCUUCCUCGGCUCCGAGGCCCCCAUCUACCAGACCGGCUGCAAGCUCAUUAUCGGCUGCAUUGCUGCGCAAGUGGCUAUUGCCAUUGCCCUGAGGCUGCUCCUCAUCCGCAGGAACAAGAUGCGUGAUAUCGAGCAGAGCGGCCCUCCUCCCGAGGCGAAUGAUGCGGCGGUGCUGGAGGACUUGACCGACUUUGAGAACAGGAGCUUCCGGUACAUGUACUAG